AUGACGUUACAGGUUCAUGCGGCGAGGGGCAGCAGAGAAAGACAGAUGGGGAGAGGCUCGGAUGAGUUUGGCGGGAGACGGACUGAAUGUAUUGUGGUUCGCGAGGAGCGCGAGGAGACGAGGAACUGGGAACUAGCAACAAAGGCCCGAGGCCGCUUCGAGGAAGCGGUCGGCGAAUGUUUUCUGCAAGGAUUAGCAUUCCGCAAUCGCCCCAAGGAUCGGAGUGACAUCAAUGCGUCGGGGCUCGAAAUUAUGUGUCAGCAGAACUCGAUUCGACGAUACGACGUCGUCCACGGGUCGUCCACGGGCAGAGCCGACCGGGAUGCUUUGUCUGCGGUUACGUACUGUUACCUGAUUGCCAUGUUCCUUUCCGGCCAAGGAACGCCAGCGGUCAGAGACUCAGUCACUCAGAGAGAUACGAGGUCGAGCCGACGCCGCGACGUGGAUAUCGGCAAAACCGUCCCGCGGCCAACAUUAGAGCUAGUCCUGAUUCGGCAUCUGCUGGCUCACCGCCUUGGAUGGUCACCGCGAUUCUACCUGCAAAUCUUCAGCGCCAAUGCGGUGCUUCCCGCCCAGUGUCUCCAGCCGAUCGGCAAAACACAAGCUGUGGCUCAUUUCUUCAUGGCGUCCCUGACGGCUCAUCACCUCACCCCGCCUCCCACUGCAUUGCUGCCAUUCGUCGGCAUCAACACCUUCCGUCGUCGUUUCUUUAACUCGUCAGCCUUACUUGCACCGGAGCCCAUCACCGAAGCACAAGUGAUUCACCACCUGUCCGCACCGGUUUCCACCAGAACAACAGCGGCAAACAACGCACAGGUCUUCCAUGUUGACAAAAUCCUCCAAGAUGGCGCCGAGAACACCACCUUUGCCUUGCCCUCAUUUCCCAUCUCAGAUAAUGCCAACGACAACGAGUUUCCUCGAGAAUAUCUCUAUGACUACUACCUUGACCAAAACGAGUUUCCUAAUCUAGUUGGUGAUAUCGACACAGGCUACCAGUGGGCCGAAACUAAGUUAGGAAAAGGUGGACCACUGCGCUGCUGCGUGGCUGGCCGCCCACAACCGUCAUAUAAGGUGAUGCUGACGAUGACCUUCACCUCUAUGUGA